ACAAUCGUAUCCUAAGAACAGUAUCAUUUCACGCCGUGUUGUAUGAUUUUGCAUAAAAAAUUGGAGGUACUUACGGACACAGUUGACUGAAGGGUUUACUAACUGUCUACUUCUGACUGUGUAACACGAUUUUUAAUUAAUCUGGGCUUUAAAUGUUAGUGUAAAUCGAAGCGGAAACAAAACAUAUCUUGCGGUGACGUGAACGAGCAGAAUAAGUCUAUAUUGUUUACAUUUGAGGCGAGUAAAAAAGAACAUUAACUGCAUGAUCGGACAUAAACAUUGAUAACAGUGACUAAAUUUUCCUAUGUGGACUUGGAACGCUACAUCCGGAAUACUUUGGUGAAGAUGCUACUGGACGGGAGCUCACCAGAUAUGCUAGCUCAACAAUCCAAAGUGUUGUUCGAACUGAACAAAUAUUACAAUGAACGAGUCGCCACCAGACAAAGUGGUGUUGUAAAAACAAUUCGAGAGGUUUGCAAGGUUGUCCAGGACGUUCUAAAAGAGGUCGAAGUACAAGAACCAAGGUUUAUAAGUAGUUUAAAUGAAGUCAAUGGACGAUAUGAAGGACUUGAUGUUAUUUCACCGUCAGAGUUUGAGGUCGUAUUGUAUCUUAACCAAAUGGGAGUAUUUAACUUUGUGGAUGAUGGAACGAUACCCGGAUGUGCAGUUUUAAAGCUAAGCGACGGACGAAAGCGUUCGAUGUCAUUGUGGGUCGAAUUUAUAACGGCGUCUGGGUACUUAUCGGCUAGAAAAAUUAGGUCAAGGUUUCAAACUUUGGUAGCACAGGCUGUUGACAAGUGUAGUUACCGCGACAUGGUUAAAAUGGUAGCGGAUACGACCGAAGUAAAACUUCGAAUCAAAGAACGUUACGUUGUUCAAAUCACGCCGGCAUUCCGUUGCGGUGGUAUCUGGUCAAGAAGUGCGGCACACUGGCCUGUACCACACGUGCCAUGGCCCAAUCCAAACCUCGUUGCUGAAGUCAAAACUGAGGGCUUUGACCUUCUCUCGAAAGAAAGCAUUUACAUGAAAGAUAAACAAAGUGCGGCGGAGGGGGACGCGUGGUCUAUGUCUUUCAAGUACGCUGAGGACCGACUUUUGUACGGAGGGUGCCGUCGUAAAUGUUUGAGCAUUCUAAAAGCGUUGCGGGACAGACAUUUCGACGUUCCUGGCCAGCCAAUAGUAGCGUACCACCUAAAAACAUUAUUACUUUACGAAUGUGAAAAACAUCCACGCGAAAUAGAAUGGGACGAUACGUGUUUAGGUGACAGAAUCAACGGUAUUUUGUUACAACUCAUAUCGUGUUUACAGAAUCGCCGAUGCCCACACUACUUCCUUCCUAACGUGGACCUUUUCAAGGGCAAGUCUACCACUGCCAUGGACAAUGCGGCUAAACAAUGCUGGAGGGUGCUAAGAGAACUUCUCACAAAUCCAAAAAGCUUAGAAAAAUUAUGAACACAGCUUAUACUGUCAUAAUAUAAAGUGAAGUGAAAGACUUAGGAACGAUCCUAUUUUAAAAUUUCAAGACAAGGCGGUGUCUUUAAAGAAGUGCUAACAAAACAAAGAGAGGAAACUGUUCUGAAUUUAAAGUGUCCAGCAAUGGAUAUAUAUUUAUUUGUUCUUUUUUUUCUCCUCGAACUUUGUAUGAUUCUUGUUUGGAAAUUAAUACCUUAGCUGUAAGUGAUUUAUUCUUAAUAUUUACACAGAACUGUUAACAUUUCAAAUGAUGUUUUUUAAAUAUGGAGGUGUUUUAGACAGGCGGUUGGUUAUAUUGUCACUGAAAGAAGACUCACCAAAGAUUUUGUUUUGUAAUUAUCAUUACCUGUUUAAACGAGAUAAGAAUAAAACAUGUAUAACAGUUACUUGAUAUUUGAACAUGAAUUAAGAUAGGGUUAUUAAUCAUAUGUAUAUUCCGCAAAAUUUGAUCAUUUCUCAAAUUUAAUUAAAUUUCAAAUGUCCCAUAUCGCAACUUUUUUUUAUUUUAUUCAAUAAUCGUAGUCUAUUUGAGUUGCAUUUUUUUGGGCAAUGAGGGCAACAUCUUGCAAUAAAACCGAAGAGAGAGAAAAAAUGAAUCCAUUUCGGAAUGCGUUUACAAAAACAUACUGUAAUUUACACACGGACUUUUAAAGAUGUUUUAAAGUUUUAAAACCGUCAAAAAGCUGACAUUUAUAACGGAAAAUAGGUAAUGUCUUAUAAAAGUUAUGAACAUUUGGUUUACAUCAAAGUUUUACGUUUAAGUAAAAGUGUAUAUAAAUAAUUAGAAAAUUACGUCGCAAACAACAAGCGGUGCGGGAGGGGGAUACCAUAAGAACAUGUAAUUCAGACAGGACAGAACAGUUUAUGACAUAAUUGCUAUUUAUUACUCUUUUUAAAGGCCCCUAUGUGCCAUGUAGUGAUGCAUUUUAAGAUUAUAAAUUGUUUUAACAGCUUUGGCAUAUCAACUUUCGUUACCAAAAUUCUUUAAAACAACUAAAAUAUUUUCAUUUCAUAUCUACUAAAGGUUAAAAUUAGAAGAAACUAAAUUUUAGGCGCCACAUGAAAACAUACUGCUUUUCUUUUAUGAACUUGAAUGGCGGUAUAAAGAAUUCCAUAAAGAAGAUUUUGUGGGUUUUCUUAUUAAUUUAUUUUUAAACUUCCAAAAUUUUCAUUGAAACAAAAUCACAAAUUAAAAACAAUACUUUCAUUUAUAUUUCAUUUAGUUUUUUUCAGAGAGCCACUAUUCAAAAUUCUGUGAAAGUUUUACAAUAAAAUUCUUUUAAGAAUUUUAAAACAGGUGUGCACAUUUUAGAAUUUCAGUGAACUUUUUACUUGAAUAAUGCUAUUCAAAAUUUCACUGAAUAUUUGUUGUCUCUUAUGUCACAGAAUUUUAGUGAACCGUAAUACUUGAAAUAUUUUGUUCCAAAAUUUCAGUGAACAGUACACUUUCAUAUUUUCAAUCAAGAAUUUAAGAGAACAUUUCACACCGAAACUGUUCUCAUAAAUUAAUUAGAAAUAUUCCAUUUCUUAAAAUAUAUAUAUUUUCAAUGUCCAGUCAGCAUUAACACGUUUGAUGAUUCCAGGGUUUAAAUUUUGUUUAUAUUAUUUUCUGUGUUCUACUUAUUAACAGUGUUCUGUCAGUAUUUUUGAUUAUUAUAAUUAUCAUCAUUAUUCGCCUCGCUGUGCAUGAGGGGAGAAUUAAAUAUUGUAUAUUUAUUAUGACUGAAUAAAUCUAUUGUUCACGUUGAAAUAAU